GUUGUACUUAAGUGUACCCAUUUUAAAAGGAGAAGACUGUGACGAUAGUUUUCAUGUAAUAGAAUUCUACAAAAAAUUACUUCCACUGUUUGUUAAUAAUGAAUUUUCCUAGUCUUACUAAAAAAUUUAAACACCCAAUUGACUAAUAACCAAGAGAGAAUUUAUGGAGUAAUUCUAAAUUAGCAAUUUGUCCUUGAAUAAUUUUAGUAUUGAUUUUAUGUUUUUACUAAACCAGUAUUAUGUAUAAAGAUAUGCACUGCAAUUUUUAAGCCUAUGAAUGAUUAACUGAAUUGCAUAUAGUGAUGUCAGAUUACUUCUUUUUAGGGACGAUGUCGUACCUGAAAGUAAUGAUCAUAUGGAACAUACUUUGCAUAUCCCUGGUUAUCCUUUCACUGUCCUUGAUUCAAGAAGUAUCUUCCCAAGUCUCCUGCAAAGGACGUUGCUUUGAAGCCUUUGAAAGAGGAAGAGAGUGUGACUGUGAUGCAGACUGUGAAAGAUAUGGCAAAUGUUGCCCAGACUACGUGAAACACUGUAAAGAGGCACACACACAAAAGCCAUCACCGAAGACUCCACCACCAAACAAACCAACAUCUAAAAGGUCAUCCAAAAAUGAGGAAAAGAAGCCAGAGGAAGUAACGCAGCCCCAUGAAGUUAUGGAAGAUACUGACAGUGGACUGGGAAACAAAGUGACGAGUCCUGCUCCAACUACAAAACACCCUGAAACAGCCACAAUAAUCAAAUCAACUACAUCUGCUCCAAAAACCAGCUUACCAUCUACUACAAGUACUACCACAAAAGCAACAACUACAAAAGACACUACAACGGCUCAGAAAGACACCCCUGAAACAACAGUGGCACCAACAACCAAGGCUGACACUCCCACAACACCCAAACCUGAAGACACCACCUCAGAGGCACCAACAACCAAGGCAGAAUCUCCCACCACACCUAAAGCUGAAGACACAACCUCUGAGGCCACAGAGGCACCGACGACCAAGGCUGACUCUCCCACAACACCCAAACCUGAAGACACAACCCCAGAGGCCACAGAGGCACCAACAACCAAGGCUGACUCUCCCACAACACCCAAACCUGAAGAAACAACCCCAGAGGCCACAGAGGCACCAACAACCAAGGCUGACUCUCCCACAACACCCAAACCUGAAGACACAACCCCAGAGGCCACAGAGGCACCGACAACCAAGGCUGACUCUCCCACCACCGCUAAGGUUGAAGACAUGACUCCUGACGACACAGAGGAACCAAUGACUGAAGUGGACUCUCCCACCCCUCCCAGUGCAGAAGAGACAACCCCAGAGGCCACAGAGGCACCAACAACCGAGGCUGAUUCUCCCACAACACCCAAACCUGAAGACACGGCCACAGAGGCACCGACAACCAAGGCUGACUUUCCCACAACACCCAAACCUGAAGACACAACCUCAGAGGCACCAACAACCAAGGCAGAAUCUCCCACCACCCCCAAACCUGAAGACACAACUCCAGAGGCCACAGAGGCACCAACAACCAAGGCUGACUCUCCCACAACACCCAACCCUGAAGAAACAACCCCAGAGGCCACCGAGGCACCAACAACUGAGUCUGACUCUCCCACCACCCCUAAACCUGAAGAAACAACCCCAGAGGCCACAGAGGCACCAACAACCGAGGCUGACUCUCCCACAACACCCAAACCUGAAGACACAACUCCAGAGGCCACAGAGGCACCAACAACCAAGGCUGACUCUCCCACCACCCCCAAACCUGAAGAAACCACUCCAGAGGCCACAGAGGCACCAACAACCAAGGCUGACUCUCCCACAACACCCAAACCUGAAGACGCAACCCCAGAGGCUACAGAGGCACCAACAACCGAGGCUGAAUCUCCCACCACCCCUAAAACUGAAGACACAACCCCAGAGGCCACAGAGGCACCGACGACCAAGGCUGAAUCUCCCACCACCCCCAAACCUGAAGACACAACCCCAGAGGCCACAGAGGCACCGACGACCAAGGCUGACUCUCCCACAACACCCAAACCUGAAGACACAACCCCAGAGGCACCAACAACCAAGGCUGACUCUCCCACAACACCCAAACCUGAAGACACAACCCCAGAGGCCACAGAGGCACCAACAACCAAGGCUGACUCUCCCACAACACCCAAACCUGAAGACACAACCCCAGAGGCCACAGAGGCACCGACGACCAAGGCUGAAUCUCCCACCACCCCCAAACCUGAAGACACAACCCCAGAGGCCACAGAGGCACCAACAACCGAGGCUGAAUCUCCCACAACACCCAAACCUGAAGAAACAACUCCAGAGGCCACAGAGGCACCAACAACCAAGGCUGACUCUCCCACAACACCCAAACCUGAAGACACAACCCCAGAGGCCACAGAGGCACCGACGACCAAGGCUGACUCUCCCACAACACCCAAACCUGAAGACACAACCCCAGAGGCCACAGAGGCACCGACGGCCAAGGCAGCCUCUCCCACCACCCCCAAACCUGAAGACGCAACCCCAGAGGCCACAGAGGCACCGACGACCAAGGCUGACUCUCCCACAACACCCAAACCUGAAGAAACCACUCCAGAGGCACCAACAUCCAAGGCAGCCUCUCCCACAACACCCAAACCUGAAGACACAACUCCAGAGGCCACAGAGGCGCCGACGACCAAGGCUGACUCUCCCACCACCCCCAAACCUGAAGACACAACCCCAGAGGCCACAGAGGCACCGACGACCAAGGCUGACUCUCCCACAACACCCAAACCUGAAGACACAACUCCAGAGGCCACAGAGGCGCCGACGACCAAGGCUGACUCUCCCACCACCCCCAAACCUGAAGAAACAACCCCAGAGGCCACAGAGGCACCGACAACCAAGGCAGAAUCUCCCACCACCCCCAAACCUGAAGACACAACUCCAGAGGCCACAGAGGCACCGACAACCAAGGCUGACUCUCCCACAACACCCAAACCUGAAGAAACCACUCCAGAGGCACCAACAUCCAAGGCAGCCUCUCCCACAACACCCAAACCUGAAGACACAACCCCAGAGGCACCGACGACCAAGGCAGCCUCUCCCACCACCCCCAAACCUAAAGAGACAGCCCCAGAGGCACCGACGACCAAGGCAGCCUCUCCCACCACCCCCAAACCUGAAGACACAACCCCAGAGGCACCGACGACCAAGGCAGCCUCUCCCACCACCCCCAAACCUAAAGAGACAGCCCCAGAGGCACCGACGACCAAGGCAGCCUCUCCCACCACCCCCAAACCUAAAGAGACAGCCCCAGAGGCACCGACGACCAAGGCAGCCUCUCCCACCACCCCCAAACCUAAAGAGACAACCCCAGAGGCACCGACAACCAAGGCAGCCUCUCCCACCACCCCCAAACCUAAAGAGACAGCCCCAGAGGCACCGACGACCAAGGCAGCCUCUCCCACCACCCCCAAACCUGAAGACACAACCCCAGAGGCACCGACGACCAAGGCAGCCUCUCCCACCACCCCCAAUCCUAAAGAGACAACCCCAGAGGCACCGACGACCAAGGCAGCCUCUCCCACCACCCCCAAACCUAAAGAGACAGCCCCAGAGGCACCGACAACCAAGGCAGCCUCUCCCACCACCCCUAAGGUCAAGGGGACUACCCCUGCAGCCACUGAGCCUGACACCACUGCCAUACCCAAAACUGCCCCCAGAUUAGCAAUAUCUGCUAAAAAAGACACAACCUCUCAAAGCAGCGAGACAGUCAUGACAACUAGGAAAGCAACACCCAUAACUGAAGUAGACCCAGUGGUUUCAGAAACAACAACACAGAAGAAAACUACAGGUCCUGCACCCACACUAGCAACCAGCACAACUGCAAAAGUCACAACCACAGCCCUACAAAGGGUAGUGGUGACUCCAGCUAAGACUACUGAGUUUGUAGUGAUAACUGACAAAAAAGAGAAAACAACAGCUAAACCUGUUACGACUCCUAUAACCAAAGAGACAACUAAAAUAGAAACCACCACUGCAAACAAAGAGAUAACAACACUCAAGAAUGACAAAACUACUCUGCUUAAAGACAUCUUAACAAGUACCAAAGACACAACUACUGUGACUACGGUGAUAACGGCUAAGCCGGAUGACUCUCCUAAAGGUAAGGAUGAUAUUCCAAAUACAACUCCUACAGCUAAGCAAGCUGUCACUACAGCAGCUGAAUCGGAAGCAACUACUGUGGACAAAAAGACUGCAACAACAGCUGCAGAAAAAGAAGCAACUCCAGCUCCCACACAAAAAGAGACUUUAACAGCUAAACAAGAAGAAAACCCCGUGGGAACAGCGACUGUAACAGCAGCUACGACGCCCUUGACCAAGCCCACUCUGUUGACAACAGCUGCCAAAACAGAUUCAACCCCUAAACCCAGGGAGACUGUAACAACAAAUAAAAGAGAUACAACUAUGGAAACUAAGCCGACUGUAACAGCAGCAGCUAAAGAGAGCACAAAUAGUAUUUGUGUUGUUGUAGAGACAACAACAGCUGGUAGAAAAGAGGUAACAACUGUCAAAGAAACUAGCGUCACACCUGACAAAGAAAUGGCAGAUGCCACUGAAAAGGACCCUGGUAUUGACAAAGUUACCAGAGAGACCCCUACAAGAGAUAAAAAAGACACAAUAGAAGAAAUGUUUAUUGUUUCUAAAGGGACAUCCAAGCCAACUAUACAUUUCCAGGAGGUUACCGACACAAGAGAUGAGCCUCAUCCAGCCGACCCUGAAACUCUGCCAGUAAAAGAAGAACCCGAGAUAAACAAGCCUUUGAUCCAGACUGCGGACUUGCCAGUUUUACCUGGAGAAACACAAGCGAUGAAGGACGAGAAGGACCUGUGCAGCGGGAAGCCGGCAGACGGCAUGGUGGCCCUGCCGAACGGCACCCUGGCUGUCUUCCGAGGCCGCUACUACUGGCUGCUGAACGGCAGGAGCCCACCAACUACCAGCCCCCGCCUCAUCAGGGACGGCUGGGGCAUCCCGGGCCCCAUCGACGCCGUCUUCUCCAGGUGCAACUGCGAUGGCAAGACCUUCUUCAUCAAGGGGCCCCUGUACUGGCGUUUCACUAAUGGUGUUAUGGAUAAAGGCUAUCCCAAACCUCUUGCAAAUGGAUUUGCAGGGCUAAGUGGGAAAAUAAUAGCAACCCUCCCUGUGGCAAGAUACAACAACAGACCAGAAUCAGUUUAUUUUAUCAAAAAAGAUGGCAACAUGCAACAGUAUGUGUACAGACAAGAACCAGCCAAGAAGUGUCAAAGAAGAACCCAGGUUACCAUAAGAUACCCAGUUUAUGUCCCACGACUUGUAAUAAGGAGACGCUUUCAACGUGCAGUAAGAAUGCCAACUGUUAUUCAGACUGUCAGAAUCAACCCACAUCCAACUGGAAUUUUGCAUAAGGAAGUCAAAAUGACCACCUACUGGAGAGGGCUCCCGAAAGUUAUUCAUUCAACUAUAUCAGUACCCAACUACAAUAAGCCAGACGGCUAUGAUUAUUAUGCCUUCUCUUACAGUAAGUUAAAGCUAACACAAGUUACUAUAUACCUCAAAAGACUAGGGGAUGGGGAAAAAAAAAAGCCCAUGUAUUUCAGCUUUCUAAAGCGUGAGGUUACUGCUUGUGGUUCUGCAAGACUAAUUUUAAGAAUUACUAAAAAGUCCCAAGAAUUAAGAUGUUGCCUGUAAUGAAGAGAUGUUUCUAUCAAAAAAACCAAACGAACAAUGGUUACAGGACAACUAGCAGCAACGAGGUACAAUGACCUGAACUAGCCAGUUGGAAUACAUUGCUCUAAAGAGUUCAGGCUUAUAAAUGACAAAAAACCUGACACUUAAAUGCAGAAUUAUAUUGAUGAUACACUGAAAUCCUUGGACCACAAUAGUUUUUUCAGUGGCUUCCAUGGAACUACGUUUCUGACAAAACAAAAAGGGGAGGAACAUGAACCAUUUUGCUUCACAGGAAAAAAUUCUUUAUGAUUCCACAUUAGGUAGAUCCUUUCCCUCUAGCCAGGCUCAUGUAAAACUGUUCCUCAGAAUUUUCUGGAUUCUUCAGAAAAAAAAAAGCUCUAAGAACUAGCCAUAUCCAAAGACAGGAUACUAAAGUAAGUCUCUGCCAGUAUGAUUUAAUUCUGAACCUCAACACAGGCCAAUUCAUACUUGGAGACCAGUGUUUCCGCUUUUGUAGUCAGUGCAGGAUCGUUUUGUUUGAUUUCCAAAUUCUUAAGGCUAUUUCUGUGUUCUAGCAGUGUAAGAGUAUUCCUCCCUACUCCUUGGUUCUGGGACAUAUUUAAUUACUAGCAGUGCUGUAAAACUUAGCUAGAAGGACACGGAAAAAAUAAGGACACAAACUGUUACAGCCUCUCAAUUCCAUAAAUGUAUGUGGAAUGAAAAAUCCGUUAUUCAUGCCUAAGUGAAAUUAAAAGGAAGGCUUUAACUUCAAGAUUCUUUCCACGCACUAAAUGUAGUUUCUGGAAUCUAAUUCUAACAUAUCUUCAUUUCAGAUCGGUAUUACAGUUUGGAUGUUGGCAAAAGAAUAGCAAGACCUGUCACUGCUCUCACGGGAAAGACUGUAUCCAAAGACUGGUACAACUGUCCUAGCAAGUG